AUGUUUAACAAACAACCUCCCCAAAAUAACCAAAAUAACCAAAAUAACCAAAAUAACCAAAAUAACCAAAAUAACCAAAAUAACCAAAAUCAAGAGGAAUAUCCCCCUCGCUAUCAACAAAACUCUGGUCCUUCAUCUUCUUCCUCAUCUUCUUCGGCUUCAUCUUCUUACUCUUCCUCUGCAUACUCAACCCAUCAAGCCCAACAAGCCCAUCAAACUUAUCCAACUUAUCCAACCUACCCUGCAAGCUCCAACUACUACUCUCAGACAUCCGCAUAUACUUCAUCUGCCCAUUUAUAUCAAACCCUUCCCAAUUCUUCCUCUUCUUCCUCUUCUUCAUACAUGUCUGCUCAGGCUAUUCCUCCGGCUCCCUUUUUGCCUCCAUCGGUUGACCCUAACUGCGAUUCAACGUUUAAACUUCCUUCAAUUAAUACUCUGCUUUCCACCCAACAAGCAUCUUCUUCUUCUUCUUCUUCUUCUUCUGCCGCAUCUACUAGCAAUAGAAGAUCUUUGUCUAUCUCCAGCCAACUUGAAAUGGCUUCUCCUGCUGUCUCUGACUCCUCUUCCUCAGGUUCUGCUCAUAACAUGCCUCCAACCUCUGGGUCUCCUCCACAGUCAUACUACUCUAUGAACAAUGCACCUUCUUCUUCUUCUUCUUUCCCAUCUUAUACAAAUGCUUACUCUGCAAACACUUCACCAUCUCUUUCUUCUUCCUCUUCUUCUUCUAAUAGAAGCCCUGAUCAGUACUCUGUUAGUUCUGCAAGCUCGUACUUUUCAAACACCUCUCCUCCAUCCAACUCAUCUCAAUCAAAGUUUAUUACCCCGGAACAAACUUUUAACCAACAACCUUCGUACCCACUUUACCAAACACAUUCACAACCCAAUCUUUAUGCAGGAAAUGUUAAUCAUGAGCAGCAGCAGCAGCCGCAGCAGCCGCAACAGCCGCAACAGCCGCAACAGCCGCAACAGCAACAGCAACAGCAGCAGCAGCAGUAUCAUAAUAAUCAACAUCAAUUGCCCCCACCUCAACAACAACCCGUUUAUUAUCAACAACAACAACAACAACAACAACAACAACAACAACAACAACAACAACAACAACAACAACAACAACAACAACAACAACAACAACAACAACAACAACAACAAACCUAUCUCUACAAUGGUAACGCUCCUCAAUAUUCAUACAACCAAAGUAACACUGUAGCAUACAACACUGCAUUCCCACCCACUCCUCCAGUUGGAUUCUAUUCUAAUGCAACAGCUCCUCCAGCUUCAACUGGUUCCGCAAGUGUUUAUGGGACUCAAUCAUAUUUUAAUGGUCAAAUGGGUGUAGUCCCUUCGGUUACUAGAGAAAUGAGAGGUGGGAUUGGUGGAAGUAGCAUGGGCAAUACUGGUGUUGCAGCUACAAACGCCACAUCAUCUUUUGGUUCUUUUGGGGCCGUUCCCGCUGUUGGUAACAAUUCAGGUGCUGGUCCUAGCAAUGGUCAAAACAAUUUUAACUAUCAUCCCAAUAACAAUAACAAUAACAACAAUAAUAACAACAAUAAUAACAAUGACAAUAAUAAUGACAAUAAUAACAAUAACAACAAUGACAAUGAUCCCAACAAUCGCGAGGCACACUUGGCCAUGCUUGCAAAUAGACCAGUCAAGCCUAAGCGCAAACGAGCUACUCCUGAGCAAACAGGUAGACUCAAUGAGAUUUUUACAGAGACAUUUUUCCCAACCAGUACUCAACGUAUGGAUUUGGCCUUAGAGUUGGGAAUGUCGCCCCGAACAGUACAGAUUUGGUUUCAGAAUAAACGCCAAGGUUGGCGUUCCGAAAACCGUCGUCCUGUUCCUCGGGAUGGUCCCCCAGGACAUGGUGACUAUGAUCGACGUGCUUCUCAGGAAAAGCAGCAGUAUGUUGCAAAUUAUGGUGCUGGUGGUAGCACUGCGACUGCUACUGUUACCAGAGGAUUUGGAGGUAGCACUAGCGGCAGUGGCAGUGGUGGUGUAGCCACUGCAGGUGUCAUGACUAGAACAGUAACUAAUCAUAGUGUUGGCAGCUCUGGUAGUGUAGGUUCUAGUACUAGCAGCGCUGGGAAUAGCAAUUAUGGUUCUGGUUCUAGUUCUAGUUCUGGUGCUGGUCCAAGUUCAAGCAAUGGGUCGUAUGCUUAUCAAAAUAUCCAUCCUCACUAUAACCCAUGGGGUGGUGGGUACUUUCCAGGAUAUAUUGGACAUGGACCUCAGUCUUCGCAGCCGAAUUAUGGGGGUGUUGGUCCUUCAUCAUAUACACAUGCUCCAAUUGCUGGAUCGUCUUCGUCUUCAUCGUCUUCAUCGUCUUCAUCUUCGUCUACUUCAACAAUGUAUGGGCAAGCAAGCGGGUCGGGCCAUUCUCACAGAAUUUACGGGCAGAUUCCGCUGCCUCAACUUUCGUUGCAGCAACAGCCUCAAUUUGGGCAGCAACAGCAACAGCCACAGCCACAGCAGCAGCCUCAAUUUGGGCAGCAACAGCCCCAGCAAUUCCAACAUCAACCAGCUGGCCAACAACAACAACAUCAGCAUCAACAGCAGCAGCAGCAGCAGCAGCAACAACAACAUCAGCAGUAUCCAUACAUGGGCCCUCCUGAUUUCAAUCGGUCGAUGCAGUGA